GCUAUACUUAGACAGUAACCCAUGGCAUCAUAAUAAGUCCAACGUCAACUCCUCUUUUGACUUCUCGUAAUUCGCUCCUUGAUACAUAGCUUAGCUUUAUUUGGUGUAACACUACUCGUCAGAGUUUCAAUCCAAGCCAUCAACACCGGCUGUGGAUGGGCAUCCAUACUCAGAGGGAGCGGAGUACAUUCAACCUGACAGCGCCAAAGCCACACAAUUACCGCGACUAGGGAUGGACAUCAUCAGUCUCGACCGGUGCCCAGUCUACGCCUCCUUCUUCGGAGCGCUGGGCUGCGCAUGCGCCAUCGUCUUCACCGUCAUCGGCGCGAGCUAUGGAACAGCCAAGUCGGCCGGCGCCAUCUUUUCGUCGGGUAUCAUCCGCCCGGACAAGCUAAUGCAGAACACGCUCUGCGCCAUCAUGGCCCAAAUCAUCUCCAUCUACGGCCUGGUCGCCGCCGUGAUCAUCUCCAACAACCUGGUCGAAAAGAUGGCCCUGCACACGGGCUUCCUGCAGCUCGGCGCCGGACUGGCGGUGGGACUGUGCGGGCUGGCGGCCGGGUUCGCGAUCGGUAUUGUGGGCGAUGCUGGCGUCCGCGCCAGCACACAACAACCCCGUCUGUACGUCGGCAUGGUGCUUAUCCUCAUCUUCGCCGAGGUGCUGGGGCUGUAUGGCGUCAUCGUCUCCAUCCUGAUGCUGAGCAAGUCGACGCUGGGUGUUACCGAGUGCUUUUACUAGGUACCUAAGGCUUUUGGUCAGGACCAGCAACGGAGGAGAUGGGCAUGGCAUGUAGUAGCCAGCACCGCGCUGGGAAAA